AUGAUGUUCGAAGACAUGGGUUCCACCUGCGAAGAGAUCUCCCAGCGCUGCGCCUUGCCCGGUGUUCGUUCGAUUUCAUGCAGCUCUUCCGGCCCCGUAGAUCUGGGUGAUGAUCGCAAGCUACCCCCUCUUCCACGGGUGGAGCCAUUGCCCCGGGGUCCUUUCAACCCGUUCACCUCCAACAUCUUCGCUCCCAGCCCGCCCAGUUCGCAGGAUACUUUCCCUGUCAAGUCGCCGUGGCCUGUCUCGGAGCAAAUCGUGACGCCUCCCUCGCCCGCCAAUUCUGCCGAUAGCUCAUGGCCCGAGUCUCUGACGCCACACAAAUCAUUCGAGUGGCCCCAGGAACUCUCGGCUGCCGACCUGCUGAAUCUGAUUGCCCCCAAGAACAUCAGCCGGAAGCCCCCACUACAGCAAUUGUGUGGAAGAAAGCGCAAGGGAAGCAUGAUUUCCGUCGAUGUUGAUGACCAGCGCGAGAAGCACCGCAUCGCCGAGGGAAACCGACGCAAGAACCUGAGCCAGUUGCACCGGGAACUCGACAGCCGCAUCCACGACUUCUUCCUCGAGCGCGCAGGUUGGAAUCCUGCCAAGAGCCUGCCGGAGUCCAAGGAGCACAUUGUCCAGGGCGCCAUCUUCCUCAUCGACUUCAUGCUUCUCAUCAUCAUUCAUCUGAUUCGGCAGGAAAACGAGAUGCCGCGGCAACUGUCGGAGAAGCUGCAGCCGCAGAUCCGAUGCAUGCAGCUCCAGCAGCUGGUGAACAACCUGCAGCAGCAAAACCAAGCCGCUCAGCAGCAGAUCAAGGCCCUCAAGCAGGAGAACCAGCUGCUAGAGGAGCGCAACCAAGCCCUUGAGUUUCAGCUCAAGUCAUAUGAGCACAUGUUCCGAUCCCCCAAGAGCGAGCAGACCAGCCCCCGUCCGAUCACCCAGGUCCCCGAGGCCAAGGCGCACAAUGUGCUGCCUGGCUUACGGAUGAUGUGCGAUGGAAUGCCCACUGCGAGCAGUGGUCCCGAACCCUUCCAUGCAGGCACUUCUCACUCACAGUCCUAUGGACAUGCCUUUCUCAGCACCACUCCGCCAAUGACGGGGCCCCCGUCGCCGGUUUUCCCUCACUCGGCGUACUCCGUCCCACACUCACGGCGGCAAUCUAUGAUCCCAUCACCCUGA